AUGUGUGUCAGUGGGCUGGUGGCCACAGAGGAGACCUCAGCCUGGUGGCCUGUCCCCAUCACCCGCCUCCACGGUGAUGACGAGCUGCUGCGGGGCCUCGAGGGGGCCCUGGGGGUGAAGAAGAAGAAACGGGGUCCCCGGAAGCAGAAGGAAAAUAAACCUGGAAAACCACGGAAACGGAAAAAACUGGUGAGCGAAGAUGAGCUGGAGUCGGAGCGGGAGGAAUACCAGCGGGAAGAGUACCGGGAGAAGUCGGAGAGCGGUGGCAGUGACUCUGGGGGGGCGGCCAGGAAACGGCGGCGGAAGCACCGUGAGAAGAAGGAGAAGAAAACAAAAAGACGGAAAAAGGCCGAUGAGGAGGGGGGGCAGAAGGUGAAGGCGGUGGAGCAGAAGUCCUCGGCACAGUUGCUGGGGGCCUGGGGGCUGGAGGACGUGGACCAUGUCUUCACUGAGGAGGACUAUCAUACCCUCACCAACUACAAGGCCUUCAGCCAGUUCAUGAGGCCCCUGAUCGCCAAGAAGAACCCCAAAAUCCCCAUGUCGAAGAUGAUGACCAUCCUGGGGGCCAAGUGGCGGGAAUUCAGCGCCAACAACCCCUUCAAAGGCUCCGCUGCUGCCGUGGCUGCCGCUGCUGCCGCCGCUGCCGCCGCCGUGGCUGGGCAAGUGUCCGCAGCCGUGGCCGCCGUGGCCCCCGAGGCCCCCCCCCCACCCCUGCGCAAGGCCAAGACCAAGGAAGGCAAAGGUCCCGGCCACAAGAAACGCAGCAAGAGCCCGCGGGUGCCAGAGCUGAAGAGGAAGAUGAAGGGGAGAAAGAUGGCGCCGCUGAAAAUCAAACUGGGUGUCCUGGGUGGCAAGCGCAAGAAGAGCAGCUCGAGCGAGGACGCAGGGGAGGCAGAGGAGGAGUCGGACGCCGAAAGCCCUGGGGUGCUGGGUGCGACCACCCGCCCCGACCCCACCACCCGCCUCAAGAAGCUCAAGCGAGGACGUCCUGGCCGCAAGAAAAAGAAGGCCCCCUGCGCCGGCCUCAGCCGGGAGCGCGGCCCCGUGGGGACGGGCGCGGCGCCCGCGCACGGGCCAGGGCCAGAGGAGGAGGGGGACGGCUACGAGACGGACCACCAGGACUACUGCGAGGUGUGCCAGCAGGGCGGGGAGAUCAUCCUCUGCGACACCUGCCCCCGCGCCUACCACCUUGUCUGCCUCGACCCCGAGCUUGACCGCGCGCCCGAGGGACGCUGGAGCUGCCCCCACUGCGAGAAGGAGGGGGUGCAGUGGGAAGCGAAGGAGGAGGAGGAAGAGGAGGAAGAGGAGGAGGAGGAAGGGGAGAAGGAGGAGGAGGACGACCACAUGGAGUACUGCCGGGUGUGCAAGGACGGCGGGGAGCUGCUCUGCUGCGAUGCCUGCGUCUCCUCCUACCACAUCCACUGCCUCAACCCCCCCCUGCCUGAGGUCCCCAACGGCGAGUGGCUCUGUCCCCGCUGCACGUGCCCGGUGCUGAAGGGGCGAGUACAGAAGAUCCUGUACUGGCGGUGGGGGGAGCCGCCCCCCCCUGUGGCUGCCCCCCCCGGGGCCCCCCCCGAGGGGCCCCCCCAAGCGUUGCAAGGUCGUUCCGAGCGCGAGUUCUUCGUCAAGUGGGUCGGGCUCUCCUACUGGCACUGCUCCUGGAUCAAGGAGCUGCAGCUGGAGAUCUUCCACCUGGUGAUGUACCGCAACUACCAGCGCAAGAACGACAUGGACGAGCCGCCCCCCCUCGACUAUGGCUCGGGGGACGAUGACCCCAAGAGCGAGAAACGGGGGGCCGGGGGGGACCCCCUUUUCGGGGGGAUGGAGGAACGUUUCUACCGCUACGGCAUCAAACCCGAGUGGAUGACGGUGCAUCGCAUCAUCAACCACAGCGUGGACCGGAAGGGGCAGUACCACUACCUGGUGAAGUGGCGGGACCUGCCCUACGACCAGGCCACCUGGGAGGAGGAUGAGAUGCCCAUCCCCGACUAUGACCUCCACAAGCUGGCCUACUGGAAGCACCGGGAGGUGUUCAUGGGGGAGGACCCGGCCCAGCCCCGGCGCUACAAAAAGAAGAAGAAGGAGACACCGGGGGAGGGACCCCCCGACUCCCCCACCAACGACCCGACGGUGAAGUACGAGACACAGCCGCGGUUCAUCACAGCAACGGGCGGCACCCUGCACCUCUACCAGCUGGAGGGGCUGAACUGGCUGCGCUUCUCCUGGGCCCAGAGCACCGACACCAUCCUGGCUGAUGAGAUGGGGCUGGGCAAGACCAUCCAGACCAUCGUAUUCCUCUACUCCCUCUACAAGGAGGGCCACACCAAGGGCCCGUUCCUCGUCAGCGCCCCGCUCUCCACCAUCAUCAACUGGGAGCGGGAGUUCCAGAUGUGGGCCCCCGCCUUCUACGUCGUCACCUACACCGGGGACAAGGACAGCCGGGCCAUCAUCCGCGAGAACGAGUUCUCCUUUGAUGACAACGCCAUGAAGGGGGGCAAGAAGGCCUUCAAGAUGAAGCGGGAGGCGCAGGUGAAGUUCCACGUGCUGCUGACGUCCUACGAGCUGAUCACCAUCGACCAGGCGGCACUGGGCUCCAUCCGCUGGGCUUGCUUGGUGGUGGAUGAGGCCCACCGCCUCAAGAACAACCAGUCCAAGUUCUUUCGGGUGCUGAACGGGUACAAGAUCGAACACAAGCUGCUGCUGACGGGGACCCCGCUGCAGAACAACCUGGAGGAGCUCUUCCACCUCCUCAACUUCCUCACUCCUGAGCGCUUCAACAACCUGGAGGGUUUCUUGGAGGAGUUUGCUGACAUCUCCAAGGAAGACCAGAUCAAGAAGCUCCACGACCUGCUGGGUCCCCACAUGCUGCGGCGCCUCAAGGCCGACGUCUUCAAGAACAUGCCGGCCAAGACCGAGCUCAUCGUCCGUGUCGAGCUCAGCCCCAUGCAGAAGAAGUACUACAAGUACAUCCUGACGCGCAACUUCGAGGCAUUGAACUCGCGGGGUGGCGGGAACCAGGUGUCGCUGCUCAACAUCAUGAUGGACCUGAAGAAGUGCUGCAACCACCCCUACCUCUUCCCCGUCGCCGCCAUGGAAUCCCCGAAGCUGCCGAGUGGUGCCUAUGAGGGGGGGGCCCUGAUCAAGGCCUCGGGGAAGCUGCUCCUGCUGCAGAAGAUGCUGCGGAAGCUGAAGGAGCAAAACCACCGGGUGCUCAUCUUCUCCCAGAUGACGAAGAUGCUGGACCUGCUGGAGGAUUUCCUGGACUACGAGGGCUACAAGUACGAGCGCAUCGACGGGGGCAUCACAGGGGCCCUGCGCCAGGAGGCCAUCGACCGCUUCAACGCGCCGGGGGCGCAGCAGUUCUGCUUCCUGCUGUCGACGCGGGCCGGGGGCCUCGGCAUCAACCUGGCCACCGCCGACACCGUCGUCAUCUUCGACUCCGACUGGAACCCCCACAACGACAUCCAGGCCUUCAGCCGGGCGCACCGCAUUGGCCAGGCCAACAAGGUGAUGAUCUACCGGUUUGUCACGCGCGCUUCGGUGGAGGAACGCAUCACGCAGGUGGCCAAGCGCAAGAUGAUGCUGACGCACUUGGUGGUGCGCCCGGGACUGGGCUCCAAGGCCGGCUCCAUGUCCAAGCAGGAGCUUGAUGAUAUCCUCAAAUUCGGCACUGAGGAGCUCUUCAAGGACGAGAAUGAGGGGGAGAACAAGGAGGAGGACAGUAGCGUCAUCCACUACGACAAUGAGGCCAUCGCCCGGCUGCUGGACCGCAACCAGGAUGCCACCGACGAUGCCGAUGUGCAGAACAUGAACGAGUACCUCAGCUCCUUCAAGGUGGCCCAGUAUGUCGUGCGUGAGGAGGACAAGAUCGAGGAGAUCGAGCGGGAGAUCAUCAAGCAGGAGGAGAACGUCGACCCUGACUACUGGGAGAAGCUGCUGCGACACCACUACGAGCAGCAGCAGGAGGACCUGGCGCGCAACCUGGGCAAGGGCAAGCGGGUGCGCAAGCAGGUCAACUACAAUGAUGCUGCCCAGGAGGACCAAGGUGAGCACUGGGAAGGCACUGGGAGGGCACUGGGAGGAUGUACAGGGCAGCUGGGGACGCUGGGAAGCUCUGGUAAGGUGCUGGGGUUCAACACACGGCAGCGCAAGGCCUUCCUGAACGCGGUGAUGCGGUGGGGGAUGCCCCCCCAGGACGCCUUCACCUCCCAGUGGCUCGUCCGCGACCUGCGCGGCAAGACCGAAAAGGAGUUCAAGGCCUACGUGUCCCUGUUCAUGCGUCACCUGUGCGAGCCGGGGGCCGACGGCUCCGAGACCUUCGCAGACGGGGUCCCCCGGGAGGGGCUCUCGCGGCAGCAGGUGCUGACCCGCAUCGGCGUCAUGUCCCUCGUCAAGAAGAAGCCACGCCGGCGCCCAGCGAGCGCGGGGACGGGCCAGGGCCACCCCCGGACAGGGACGACGGUGACACCAGGGACGAGAAGGAGCCUAAAGGCCCUGAGAAGAUGGAGACAGAGCCUCCUGUCCCCGAGAUGCCACCGUCCCCAGGCGAUGGCAGCGAGGCCGAAGGGCCGCGGAAGGGGGAGGAGGAGGAGGGACCUGGCCAGCGGGAGCCCGAGGCCGAAGGGCCCCCGGCCCGCGAGGAGCGAACAGGUGAGCCCCCACCCCGGCCCCAUCUUGGGCUCCGAGGCUGAGAAGGGUCCCGGGGGAGAGAAGGGCGACGAGAAACCCCCUGAGGAGGAGCCCAAGGAGCGGCCGGGGGAUCUUGACCCUAAACGAGAGGAGGUGAAGGCCGAGAAGGAGCCCAAGCUGGAGGCGCGUGCCAACGGCCGGCGGGAUGACAAAGCCGAGAAGCCGCGCUUCAUGUUCAACAUCGCCGAUGGCGGCUUCACAGAGCUGCACACGCUGUGGCAGAACGAGGAGCGUGCCGCCAUCUCCUCGGGGAAGCUCAAUGAAAUUUGGCACCGGCGCCACGACUACUGGCUGCUGGCCGGCAUCGUCCUCCACGGCUACGCGCGCUGGACGGACAUCCAGAACGACGGCGCCUUCGGGGUCAUCAACGAACCCUUCAAGGGCGAAGCCUCCAAGGGAAACUUCCUCGAGAUGAAGAACAAGUUCCUCGCACGCCGCUUCAAACUACUGGAGCAGGCGCUGGUGAUCGAGGAGCAGCUCCGUCGUGCCGCCUACCUGAACAUGACGCAAGACCCGAGCCACCCCGCCAUGGCCCUCAACACCCGCUUCGCCGAGGUCGAGUGCCUGGCCGAGAGCCACCAGCACUUGUCCAAGGAGUCGCUGGCGGGCAACAAGCCCGCGAACGCCGUCCUGCACAAGGUGCUGAACCAACUGGAGGAGCUGCUGAGCGACAUGAAGGCGGACGUCACCCGCCUCCCCGCCACCCUCUCCCGCAUCCCCCCUAUCGCCGCCCGCCUCCAGAUGUCGGAGCGCAGCAUCCUCAGCCGCCUCGCCAGCAAGGGCACCGAGAGCCACCCCCCGCCCACCUUCCCGCCGGGGCCCUAUGCCACCCCCCAGAGCUAUGGGGGCACCUUUGGGACCCCCCCGGCCGGAGCCCUCCCCCCUGGAGGGGCCAACUACAGCCAGAUGCCGCCUGGCUCCUUCAUCACUGGGAUGGCCGCGGUCAUGGACAGCAUGGGGAUGGUCAACUGGGUGGUCUUGGCCACCAGAAGUCAUGGGGACAGUCACUGGUAUAGUCAUGGGGACGGCUACAGUCGUGGCCACCAUGGGAAUGGUUAG